GAUCUUGAUUUGGAUGCAUUCGCCGAAGAACUGGCACGGCAAGGCUUUGGCAAUAAAAGUAUUACCUUAUACGAUAUUCGAGCGGAGCUAAAUCACCGGUACAAGGAUCUUCGGAUCCCAUACGAAAGCCCGUCCGCUGAGCGAGUCUUCACGAUGCUGACCAAGGAAACUUCCGAUUCGAUCGGGAAGCUAGUGAUGGGACGAGUAAUGCACAUAGUUUACCGUAAACCAAAAGGUCCAGAAGAAAACGAAAGAGUGCCGCCCGUCAGAGAUGAACGAACGGGCCAGUGGAAAUGCCAGUAUUGUUUUAAGCCAGAUUUCAGCAAUACGAAUGAGGUUUGGCAGCAUAUUGAUUCGUGCCCAGGCCAACCAGUGGGUGUUAGAGUGCGCUUCGACAGUGGUAUCACCGGCUUUAUUCCAAAUAAAUAUUUGUCCGAUCGGCCUGAUUCGUUUGUGGAUCCGGGCGAAAGAGUUCGGCGUAAUCAGCCUGUUUACUGCCGAAUAUUGGAAUUGGAUCCGGACAAAUUUUCGGCAACGUGUUCGUGCCGUUCUUCUGAUCUCAGAGGUCUUCAGCCACAAAACAGCGAAUAUGAUCGAUAUUUUGACAGGCAAACGUGUCAGGUAACUGGUGUUUCAAGCUUGCGAAAAAUAUACGUUUUUCCAUUUUUUGAUGUUGUUGCUUUGCUUACUGAGAUGCACUUGUUUUACAGGAGGACGAUGAAAAGGCCAGAAAAUUAA